AUGGAGGAGCAGGAUAGGAGCCGCUCUCCGUCCCGCCGGACUAGCCGGGUGGAGCAGGUGGUGGGGAGAUGGCUGAGACGCUCUCGAGACUUGGGCAGCAGGUCUCACUCUCUUAGCAGAGAGAGGGUCCUGGUGGAUUGGAAAGCAGGCGAUGCCAGUUGCUCUGACCAGAGGAAUUAUCCCUUCCGCUUCACUGUUCAGAUCCAGCGAGACCCGAGCCUCAGCUCUCAUGGUCUCACUCUGUCCCAACAGACCCCCAUCCUUGUGCAGGAUGUCAUUGCAGGUGGUCCUGCAGAGGGUCGGCUUGUCCCUGGCGACCAGCUUGUAAAAAUCAAUAAUGUUGCUGUCGAGGACCUGACCCCUGAGCAAGCUGCUGAAAUAAUCAGAGAGUGUCAGGACACACUGACAAUGACUGUCCUCAGAACAAUGAUGGGCCCAAAGUCAUCUUUCAUCACACCAGAGAAACGGGCCAAGCUGAAGACCAACCCUGUGAAGGUCCGCUUUGCUGAGGAGGUGGAAGUCAAUGGACACUCUCAGGGCAACUCGCUUCUCUUCCUCCCCAACGUCCUGAAGGUGUAUCUGGAGAAUGGCCAGACAAAGGCCUUCAAGUUUGAACCCAACACCACAGUGAAGGAUAUUGUGAUGACUCUGAAGGAGAAGCUUUCUCUGUCCCGAAUCGAGCACUUCUCCCUGGUGUUGGAGCAGCAGUACAGUAUCACCAAACUACUACUGCUGCAAGAUGAGGAGAGGAUACAGCAGGUGGUUCAGAAGAGAGAGGCCCAUGACUACAGGUGUCUCUUUCGUGUGUGCUUUAUGCCCAAAGACCCCAAAGACCUAUUGUUGGAUGACCCCACCGCCUUUGAGUACCUUUACCUACAGGGGGUGAACGAUGUUCUGCAGGAGCGCUUUGCAGUGGAGAUGAGGUGUAACACUGCGCUUCGCCUGGCUGCCUUGCACAUCCAGGAGAGGCUGGCCAGCUGUGGACAGUCAUCCAAAACCAACCUGAAGAUCAUCACGAAGACUUGGGGAAUUGAGAACUUUGUUUCAUCCACCCUGCUGAGGAAUAUGAGGGAGAAAGAUCUCCGGAAAGCCAUAAACUACCACAUGAAGAAGAACCAGUCCCAGCAGGAUCCCAAGCAGAAGGGCCUAUCAGUCAACCAGGCCCGCAUAAACUACCUAGAGGAGCUGUGUGAUCUGAAGUCAUUUGGAGGGAAGUCCUUCAGUGCCACCAUGAUGUUGCAGGAUAGGGAGUCCAUGGUGACCCUGUUGGUUGGGGCCCGCUAUGGGGUGAGUCAGUUGGUUAACCACAAGUUAAGCAUCAUGACCACGCUCACGGAGUUCAACAGCAUCACCCGUAUCGAGCUGCUUCCAGAAUCAGACAGAAUCAGCCUUGUCAAGAUAUACCUGCAGGACAUUAAACCCAUAACACUACUGCUGGAGUCAGUAGCAGCCAAAGACAUGUCCUGUCUGAUAGCUGGCUACUGUCGUGUGUUUGUUGACCCCAACCUCAACAUCUUUCCCUGGACAGAAGACUCUAAGAAGCACAAAGUCUCCGCAGAGGAAGGUUAUGUAUCCCGGUGUGACAGCGAUUCAGAUGCCUCCUCAGAUCUGGACAUGGAUCCACUGGUCACUGCCAUAUCCCAUGAUGACAAGCCACAACCCCGUAUCAGAUCCUCGUCCGAUCCAGAUGGCAGAAAGAGAAAAGACAGAGGGAAGGGGAGAGAGAGAGAUGGCCAGGAAAAGGGAGUUAGGCCUUGGAGGAUUAUAAAAACCAAAGAAGAAAAUGAUACUGACACCAAGAAAGGAACAUUUCUUAAGAAUGGAAAGAAGGAUAAGGAAGAGGACACUGAGGGAAACGAGAAAGAGGACGCAAAAUCAGGAGCGAAAAAGGAGACAGCACGACACAGUGGAGACAUACAGAUGGAGAUAACAGAUGACAGCGAAGGUGAAGGUGAACAGAAAGAGGGGACAAGAGGAAAGGGGGGAGGAGAAGACCAGCAAGUGGGUGGAGAGGAGGAGCAACCAUCUGUGUCAGAGACAUCAGAUUCCUGCCGCACCGACUCUCGUUUCCUAACCAGCCAGUCCAGUGACUCCCUUGAUGCCCUGGAAGAGGAUGAUCUCAUUUCCUGUUCUUCGUUCUUGAUUCAUCCUAGGCCCAGUCCACACCCUCUGGUUUCUUCUCCCCAGCAGCUCCAUCCUUACCCCAAAACACACCCUCACCCCCACCUCCUUGCUCCACCACCUGCUCACAGCCAUCCCCUCAUCCACCACACAGUCCAGCCCCCAACACACGACAGGCUUGGACACAGAGGGGAUAGAAGAGGAGAAGGCGAUAGGAGGGAAGAGGAUGGAGCGGACCUCUACCUCCUCCCUUCAGUCUCCAUUCAUGGCGCCUUGUUUGACCAUGUAGAAAAACCUUCCAUCAACCCCUGUUCUGAUGAAAGCUUUCUUUGUUUUGCUGAGCUCUCCCGCCUGGUGGAUUACCUGCCCAGCCCUCCGGAAGCCAGUGAGGAUGAGGAGGAGGAGGAAAGUAGCUUGGUACAACACAACCUCUUGACCCCGACCCCAUCCUCACCCUCCAGCCAUACGGAAUUUGUGUUUAACUUUGAGGAAAGUGACGCACAGUGCUACUACAAACUCUGCCCUAACGUGACCCCUGACAGUGCUUGGAGCCUUACGCACCCUCUGUCUCACCCUGUAGGAGAGGAAGAACAAGCAGCAAAGUCGGUGGGAGAAGUCAUCAAGGCUGUAGAUAUGGAGCCUGUCCCCAUUCUUCAGCCGCCGCCUGGGUUUGGGGACAGCAGUUCUGAUGAGGAGUUCUUUGAUGCAAGAGACCGCUUCGCUUCACCUGAAGACCCAACCUCUGGAGCUGUUCGAAGAGAGGCAGAAGGAGGGGGAGGAGGAGAAGAGGGAGAGAAGGCCAGAGAAGAAGAGGCUGGAGGGGGAAGGGAAACAUUGCACCAGCUCAGGAGGAGAUCCCGUAAGCGGCGUUCUUUCAUGGAAACAAAUUUUACUUCCACAGUGUCAUUUCCAGAACAAGAUGUAAAUUCAAACCAGGACCAUAUCUCAAACAGGAUUCAGAAGAACCUCCUCACAAAAGGUCCUACUGUCUUUUCCUUGACAUACUCUGAGGCAGAACCAGCCCAGCUUGAGUCCAAACCCAUCCCAUCAAAGUCAUGCUCCCAUGGGCCUGGGUCUCCUGACCAGGAUGGAGAACCAAGGGCCCCUUCCAGGACCAAGAAGCAGGAGAUGGAGAUGGAGCCUGAUACCAUGGAAUCCAAAUCAGUCACAGAUCUGGUGAAGACAGCUAGUCCUUCCAUUAUUGUCGUCCGCUGCAGAGUGGAACCAGAUGGGAAGGAGAGUGCUGACCGGAGAGGAGAUGGAAAGGAGGAAGAGGAAGGUGAAGAGAAGAUAGAAGAGAGAAAAGGGAAUGGAGAGAAGGAUGGAGAAAAAGAGGAACUUACAGGAGUGACUGGGAAUGGACUACUCAUCACUCAUAUGUUAUCAGAAAUCAUCGAGGAGGAGGAAAAGGGUGACGAAACAGGAGAGAAUGAAAUGAGUAGAGGAGAGGCAGUGAAAGGGGACUCUCCCAGUUCAGGGAGACCACUCAUAGAUGAUGAAAGAUGGACAGAAUUAAAUGCAUCACCUACAUGUUUGAUGGAUCUAGAUGCCAAGGAGGGUAAUGCCUUUCUCAGACCCACAUUGAGUUUUACAGAUCAAAAUUCAUAUGGAAAUGACUAUAUUUAUGAUGAAGGUGUGAGUGACGACCUAAAGCCUCCAUCUUACGCACCACCACCCCCUCCACCCACUUCUCCUUUACCUUCACUGCCAGUUGUUUACAAAACCCCAAAUAACUACUCAGAGUGGGCAGAGGGGGGUAGCAUAGACAUGGAAACCUCAACAAAAAUGUCUUCUUCCACUCUCAGCGAUGGUCUUGAAGUUCACAGUCAUGAACAGCUAAUUAGUAAGCACCACUAUAUCAACAAAGAGAAAAUAGAUUUUAAUGUUAAACCAAGUGCUACUGAGGAUGAAGUCUGUAGCAUUGUUAGUUCUGCCACAACAAACAGCGAUGAUGUUACUGGUAGCAUAAAUUCGGACAAUGUUUUUGAAGAUGAUGAUAGUAGUAGUUCCUUAUAUCCUAGUUUUUGUGAUAACAGAAUCCCAGAGAGCAGUGUUUUUACCACUGCUACAAACAGGUUUGUUGCUAGCGCAAACAUUGUAGGAAAGGUUGAGGCCCCAGCUAGUAUUCUAUUUCCUUUAACUACAAAUACUGAACCUCAUACCAGCUUACAUUCUGUUAAAAGCAGCCGUCCUUUGACGUCUGAUCAUGCAAGUACAAUAAAUUCUAUCACAGCAAAGCUCGGAGCUGCAACAACGAUCACAUCUCCUACAUUUAAUGCUGGUACUCAAAUGCGGAUAGAGGGUACAAGAGAAAUUGUCUCAUGCACCAGUCAGAAAAUACAUAAAACCAGAGGCGAUUCCACCAAAUUACCAACUAUAGAAACUAAAGGUAACGUUUCUAGUCCUAGAGUUAGUUUGACAAACACUGAUGUUGCCACAAAUCAUGAUCUUUCCAAAGAACCUUCUUCUCCAACACAUUUCCUAUUCCAGGCUUGCUCACCCAGCAUCCUGGGUCGCUUAUCGGCUUCCACCCUCAGGGGAAAGAUUCAAAGGCUGCCCAUGUAUUUAUCUCGCUCCCAGGAAUUCAUCAAUGAAGCUGGAGUGGAGAAUAUAGCUCAGGGACCCACUCUGGACAGCAGGGAUGACCCUGAGAUCACCAUGAAAAUAACAGAUAUUGAUGAUGUUACCAAAACAAUGGAGGACAUCACAACAAUAGAAGCAACAGAGUCAGAUGAUUCAGAUACCACCAUUACAGAGUCAGAGGUGGACAGUGAGGUUGUUAUGGAAACAUCCUCAGGUCAGAUUACUAGUAAUACAGUGUCAGAGGUGAAAGAAGUGGUGGAGCGAGUGUUGAUGGUCUAUGAAAGCUCACCACUGCCUAUUCGGACUGAGCCCAAACCUGAGCCGAGAACUCACUUUCUGUCCCCUGGAACUAUCACAGAGUUACCAGGACCAAUAACUGAGCCUCCCAUCUCUACAAUGAGCACCCUAGACUUCCAAAUAGAUACUUCACACCUGAAGAUAGAUAUUUCUGGUGUCAUCACAGAAUUUCCCAGGGCAAACAUGGACAUCGCUUUGCCUUCUUUGUCCCCGCCAAUGGUAGUUACCACACAGAAUUUAAAUGGGCCUGGUCUCGCAUUUCAUAACCAGUCAGAGAAACUAAAAAGGACCAGUAGUGACAGGCCCUUAGUGGGUCUCUGUAGACCUGCAGGAGAGAAGCCAGUUUCAUUAAAAACUAUUUCCUCAGACUGUGGGAUGUUUACAUUCUGUGAAAAGACAUCACACACAAAGACCACAGCCAAUUUGAGUUUCACUCCUCCCCCGAAGCCUGAUUUUGGCUGCAGCUCUGUGCUGGCAUCUGGGUGUGAGUCAGUUGUGGAAGGGUUGCAAAUGCCACUUGAUGCUUGUGGCUGUCCAGUGGUGUAUGCAAACUGCUUCAGUGGGGGGGACAGCUUCGAUGAUGAGCUGACUGUGUAUGAGUUUUCUUGCCGCACACAGAGCAGUGGUGGGACCCAAACAUCUGGGUUAGGGCUUCCUCUCAUGACAACACCCCCUAUCCCGUCUUUCCUCUCUACCUCUCCCCCAUCCUUUUCCUCUUCUUCCCACUCUCCUUCCUUCCCACGCUCUGACCUCGUUACCUCUUCUGCCUCAGAGCUCAGCCCACUCCUGUCCCCGCUGGCUAAUGCCGCUGAAUGUUUCCUGUCUCAAACGCACAAGGACACCAUAAGCAGACUACAGCAACAGUGCUACCCAGCACCUCCUGCUGGUUUCCAAACACUACGUGGUGAUGUGGACGAACUCCUCUCCAUCCUGGAAGGGAGUGGGGCUGACCGGUCUUUGGGAGGUCGUGGAGGCCACCACUCCAGGGACACCUGCCCUGCUCACUUCACAGAGAACAAACGGGUGCUCAAUAUAGGAGCACGGCGACUGAUGGCAGGCUGCCAGAAGGUGGUUGGGGUGGGGCAAAGCCCAGAUGAGAUGCUCCUCUCAUUGGCUGACAGUUUCCGGACCCUGGUAGAGCUGGCUGGUGUGUGCCUGUGGUUCUCUGGUUGUGACCGGUGCGAUCGCAGGAAUGCAGAUGCAGUUGCAGGUUUGGCAGAUGUAGCACGGUCAUUCAGGGACUUCUGCCUUGCUGCAGAGCGAGCAAGCAGCAAACGGAGCUGCCAGGACCUGAGCAUUAAGCUGCUGGCUAAACAGUGCACAGCGCUAACUGCCUCUGUCUUCUGCCUCACACAGCUGUUCCGCACCCUCACUGCACUAUGA